GUCGUUGGUCACAAAACUGAAAAACAAAGAGAGCGCCAAAAGUACAUUCGGCAUUCUGCUCGGAGAGUUCGCCGGGAAGCUCAACUCCACGAUGAUGAACUCAGAAAAGGACGUUAUUUCGAGGGAGGAAUGGGAGAAAAAUCUCGGAGACGUGAGGAUUAGGAAGAAGGACAUGAAUGAGCUGGUGAUGAAUUUUCUCGUCACAAAAGGUUUUGUUUUGACUGCUGAGAUUUUCCAUAAGGAGUCCGGCACUGAGCCAGAAAUAGAUCUGGCAACAAUGUCCACUCGUGCAGCUCUUAUACAGGCAAUAUAUUGUGGGAAGCUUGAGAAGGCGGUUCAGAUUCUUAAUAGUUCAUAUUCUGAGGUAGUCAGUGCACAUCCAGAACUGCUUUUCUCUCUGCAACAGCAAAAAUUGAUAGAACUGAUUCGUAGAGGAAGCAUAGAAGAAGCUUUGCAAUUCUGCAGGGAGUAUGUUGCUCCAUUGUGCCUCGAGAAUCCAAAUUUACGGGAACGGCUAGAAAGAACAAUUUCUCUGCUGGGAUAUAAAGAUCCCUCCAGUUGUUAUCUUGCAGAACUUCUGGAUAGAUCACAGGUUCUGAAGACAGCUAAUGAGGUGAACCAGGCGAUCUUAAGUAGCCAAGGCAAUGAAAAAGAUCCAAAGCUAUCAAGCUUGUUAAAGAGGUUAUUAUCUGUUCAGAACGAGUUGGAUAAACUGUUUGCUUAUCCCUACGUGGACUUAUCUUCUGGUAUUCUUAAGCAUUGAGCCGACGGAUGUGAAAGCCUCCACUCCUGAAAAUAUCCUUGUGUAUUGUGCAUUGAGCAAUGAUAAUGUAGUGUUGCAAACAUUUUUUUUUUUACUUUGGUUAGUGUGAUUCAUGAUUUGCUCUUUUUUUUUUUGGCUUUUAGGUAGCGUCUAUCCUCUAUAGAUGAAAUGAAAGUGUGCAUCAUGACUCUAGUUUUGCCAUUGGACACAAAAUCUAAUAAACAAUGAUGUCGUUGAUUCAUGUGAUA